AACCAUAAAGGCAAUAGAAAUGCUAAUUAAUCCGUCCUAUCCGGCGGCCCGCCCAUCCGUAACGGAGUCGGAGUAGCAUACUGGCACCUUAACCCUACGCCCAUGAAGUCAAAAAAGAGCGGGGCGCAGCUGAUCUGGGCGGGGCAGUGGCUGGCUUUGAAAAAGCAGCGACAUGAAAACCUCGAACCCUGUUUACAGUUCUAAAGAGCCAAAAGUGCUCCCUUUACUGGCAUUGCAAUGACAUAUGGAUUGAUAUCUAGCUUGUGCAUUAUAAUUUACAUCGAGAACAAACGGGAUGUAAUGUCAUGACGGUUGAAAUUACGAAUCAGGAGUCUCAGCAGUAAGGUAGCUAGCUAGCUAUCGCUCAGCCAAUUCAGCUAACUAGCACUAGCUAUGAAAUGACUACACAGGCUAUGCAGGGAGCUAUCUGCGACAAGCUCUGAAAAUGAACGGGAAACUCAUUCCCCACACGCCAUUGGCCGUGGACUUCUGGCAAGUGCGCAAGUGUUCGCACGUACGCCUUUUCUUCCUCUCCCACAUGCACAGUGACCACACUGCCUGUCUGACGUCCACCUGGAGCAACCGACCCAUAUACUGCUCUCCAGUUUCAGCCACAUUGCUGAAACUUAAACUACAAGUGAAAGAGGAAUGGAUUCACCCUCUGGAGUUGGAUGAGCCAUACUUACUCCCACUGGAUGAUAUUGGCAAGGAGAAGCUGACGGUCACCCUGUUGGAUGCCAACCACUGCCCUGGGGCUGUCAUGUUUCUCUUCCAAGGCUACUUUGGCACCAUCCUCUACACUGGUGACUUCAGAUACACUCCGUCCAUGCUUCGUGAGCAAUGCCUAAGGACCAACACCACUAUAGAUGUCCUGUACCUGGACAACACCAAUUGCGACCCCACGCGCACCUUGCCUUCCAGACAACGAGCUACCCAGCAGAUCAAGGAGAUCAUUCGCAGUCAUCCCGGUCACAAUGUGGUCAUCGGCAUGUAUACCCUUGGUAAGGAGUGCCUACUGGUGGAACUGGCUUUAGAAUUCAAGACCUGGGUGGAGGUGAGCCCAGAGAGACUGGAAACCCUGAAAGUCCUAGAGCUGCCCGAUGUCUUCACCACUGAGCCGGGAGCCGGCCGGAUCCGAGCCGUGGACCAGUCGCAGAUCCGCUCAGCCAACUUGCUCCUGUGGAACCAGGAUUACCCAACCCUGGCCAUCCUGCCCACCAGCAGGCCCCUGGUCUCCUUCCACCCUGACGUCCACGUGGUGCCCUACUCAGACCACUCCUCCUACCAGGAGCUGGAGGACUUUGUGUCGGCAUUGCAGCCCACCUCCCUGGUUCCCAUCGUGGGCAGCUGCGUCCCAUCCUUCUCCGCCCUGCUGCCCCGCAGGAAGCGUCAUGCGGUCUUGAUCCCAGAGUCUGUCCAGAACUACAUGGCAGCCCAAUCCAAGGUCCCGUUAGCUGUGACUGCUUUCCCCAACCAACCCCGCCGGCACAGCCGAACCACACCCAGGGGGGUGGUGUUCGAGUCCCCCGGCCGGAGCUCAAGAUCCCCCUUGAUAGACUGCGCCUGGGAGACAGGCUCCCUAGAGGAGGAGGAUGAGGCUGAGGUGGGUGGAGAGAGCUGCACCAUUAUGGACCCAAGCGAUGCCUCCUCCACCAGCGAGAGUGUGGGUGCUGGGGACCUGUGGAGCCUGAAGGUUGUCCAGAGAGUCUCUGAUGAGAUGGAGAGUGUGUCGUUUAGCCAGUUCACCCAGAGCAACUUUGUCCCCAUGGAGAUUCUAAGGAACACUGUCACCUCCUUGAAGCCUAAAAUAGUGAGUCAGCCACAGUAUGUUCCUUGCAACAGUGUCACUGCCUUGAACUAUAUUAGUGAGUCCGACAACCCUAGCCCUCCCCGUGGACUUCCAGAAGAUCUAGAAAACAGUGAGUCUCUAUUGCAGGUCAGCUGUAAGUGGGAUGGCUUAGUGAGAGCUUCUCCCUGCAACAGUAGAACCAAGUCUGAGCUUCUGACUGAGUGUGAACAGGCUCUGGUGCUGCAGCUACCGUUCUCUGAGGAGGAUCUGUCUGUGUGCAGUGGUCUCCUUGACAAAAGCCUGGUACAAAAGUUCAGCCUGAAACCACACCAUGUCGUCAAGGAAAGAAAUGGCACCUUCUGCUGCUGAGAUUUCUCUAAAAACGAGACGGGUUCGGACCAUUUUUUUAAACAAUUAUCCAAGUGUUUACCCUCUAAUAGAAACCUUUUUCUUGUACUUUGAGCUGUUGAACACUUUUUUUUCUUUAAGAAUAAACCAAAUCAAUACACAAUAUCAACACAAGAUAAUCGGUAGUUUCUGAAAAUGUUGAUGAAGGCCAGCAGUGGUUCACCAAGUUUUUAAUAGAGAGAUUAAAACAUGUUUGCCAACGAAAAGCUGUAACCAUUAGUUGACAGACGACAUUUUUACUAGUGGAGGAUAUUUGUUAUGUGAGCCUUUUUUGAAAGAUUGAAUUGUGAGCCCCACAUUUCUGCAAUGACUUGGAAUUGAACACUAACCAUUUCAGUCUCUCUCGCCCCCCCCCCCCCCCCCCUCUCAAGUGUUUUUUGGGGGCUAGCAUGUGUACCAUAUAUACAUAAAUUGCACAUCAAUAAUUAAUCAUAUGAUCAUAAUAAUGAACCAGACACUCAUCUGUGAACACAUUAGUUCAUUAAUGUAGACUUCCUAAUACUGACAGUUUGCUGCAUGGAUUGAAAUACCAAUUCAUUGUUAAGGAAUUGGUAAAUGAUUGUGUGCUCUGUUACUGUAUGUAAUAAGUAAAACUUUUGAUAGAUGUGUUAAA